GGUUAAACGCCGUCACAUCCGGUUCCUUUCAGUUUCACGGUCGUGAUGGCGGCGCUGGGCAGACUCUCUGGGAUCCUUGGCCGUACCGUGCAGGCCCGCGGCCGCCUGUUUUCAGCAGCUGCAGCAGAACACGAUCACGGCAAUGCAGCUCGGACAUGGAAGAUCCUGACCUUCGUGGUGGCCCUGCCCGGGGUGGCUGUCUGCAUGCUCAACGCCUACCUGAAGGCUCUGCAGCACCCCAGCGAGCACCCUGAGUUUGUCCAUUAUGAUCACCUGAGGAUCCGCUCCAAGAAAUUUCCAUGGGGCGAUGGCAACCAUUCUUUAUUUCACAAUGCACAUGUUAAUGCCCUUCCAGAUGGUUAUGAAGAUUCAGAGCACUAAAUUUGUGGACCUUAAGUUAUCUGGACCAGUCUAAUGUUUGGGCCCAAGUUUAAUCAGAGGAUCAAGCUAAUGUAUUUAAUGCUGUAAAUUGCCCUCCUGCAUAGUUUCAGUAGAGGUCUCAUUAAUAAAAUGUUUUGUUUUCCUGA